UAAUUAAAAUUCAUAAUUGUAAAUUGAGCGAAAAGAUGAAAUCAUAGUUCAACAAAAAACUGGAAUUCUGAAUGUUCAAUUCUUUAUAAAUAAAAGCAAGUGAUAGAAGAUGAAAUUAUGGCUGAUCGUCUCCGUAGAUUCGCACAACAGGUCAAAGACAAGGUUCAAAUGGCACAAAUGAAUGUAAAUAGCCGGGAAAGAGUAGAUCAGCUGGUAACCAAGUAUGUACCUGCUGAAAGGGUUUCUGCUAUGGCUAACAGAUUUAAACAAGACGCAGUCGUAAACAAAGUGAAGGAAAUUGUUAAUAGAUAUGAGAAAUUCACUGGUAUCGACGAAAUUAUGGCGAUUCAGAACACAGUCGUGGAAGCACAGGAAAAAUUCAUGACAGCCCAAGACAAACGUCGUGAACUUGGGCGUGAGCUGGCACUUAUCGAAGCAAGAUUAAAGGAACUUCAUGCUGAAAUGCAAAACACUAUGAAGGGUGAUGAGAAAUACUUACAUUUGUGCACUGAGGAACAUAAGCUCAUUAUCCAAGAGCGUGCUGCCCGCACUCUCUUCUCAGAAGCAGAAAGAGAGGAAAGAGAACUCUUUGCAACUAUGUCAGCAGCGGUUAAACUAGGACAUGAAAGAGAGAGGGCUCAUGCUGAAAGAAAUAAGUAUUGGUAUAUAGUUGCUUCUAUAUUUGGUACUGCACUAGGAAUAGCUGGCUCUACAAUAAACAACAGACUAAAGAUGGCAGAGUUUAGAGAUAUGAUGGAAAAACAAAUGGCUAGAAGUGCAAGUGUACUCUAUACCAUUGCAGGGGGUGGAACAGCUAAUCGGGCUGAUAUCACUGAAGCUAUGAAGACCGAGUUCGCUUAUCAGGAACAACUGGCACAAAAUUUAACUUUAAUGCAAGAUAAUAUCAACAAUCUAGUCAACAAACAGGCAUCAUUAAUAGAUCAUCUCCAUCACCAGGAGCAUGUUUUCGAAGUUCAAAUGAGGGAAUUAAAAAAGUUAGUUCUAGCUUCCGCUCAAACAAGCGCGAAAUCUGACGCAGAACUAGCAAAAGCAUUAUCUGUGGUUCACCAAGAUUUAGAUGACGAUAAAGAGCGGGAAAAAGUAGCUCCAGCGACUCUAGAAACAAAUCAAAUUUUAACUGCAGUUGGUAUUCUUAUGUGUGUAGUUGUCAUUUUCGGAAAUAUUUUUGGCCGUGUAAGUUGAUUCAGUAGACAAAAAUGUAAACGAUUUUCAGACUUUAUAAUUAACUGUAUUUUUAAUGUGAUGUGGUAAUCAUAUGUGUAUACUUAGCAUUUAAAUUAGAAAUCUGGGCAUUCAAUACUUAAUUAACAAAAUAUUGAAUUUUGCUUAUGCAGGUAUUAACUUAUUAAACUAUUAACCUCAAAAUAUUACUUAUAUGUAUUAACUUUUUUAAAGUGGAAUGUUAUAUUAAAAUAUUAGGGCCAUCGCUUAACAAUCUUUUCAUGCGUAAAUACAGUACUUUUUACCUGCAAUUUAAAUUUCAAAACAAAAAUUAAAGUUUUUGUUUGCGUUUUUGGAAGGAGCGCGUCGCCUUAAAUGUUCUUGAGAAUUUUUUAAGAAUAUAUUAAUUCGAAUUUCCUAGGUUGUAACGUUAUUCACCAAGGCUCGUUAGUUAAAGUAAAAAACAUUCAUAAUACAUCUAAUAUCAUUCAGAAAGUACAUAAAUGUGGUUUAUUCUACAAUUUCAUUACACAGCUAACAAUUUUAUAUGUUCAUGUACCUAUUUAUAAAAGGGUUAUUUUUGUACUAAUAUGUAAGGAUAUCUAUGGCUUGUUUUGUUAUACUUGAUUUAGCACAAUAAAUUAUCUUUGUUAA